CGCCGAGCGUCGCAGGUCUCAAAUGUUGACUAUUAAAUAGUGUCUUUAAUUUUUUAUCAGUUAAAUACUCAUAGCUUUAAUACACGGACUAAAUGGAGGCCUUCAAAAAUUUCAUAUUUAAUAAAAUUAUUAAACAUUGCUGACCAUUCUCAUUCAAAAAUAUCUGCAUGAGUGUAUUUAAAAUCUCGUGAUGUACUGUGACACAAUUAAGCCGAAUUAUGGAUCUAAGCUCUUGUACGAACUGGUUUUGUGCCAAACGGAACGAGAAAGUUCCAAUUACAUCAACCGAUUGUCAUUCAGUCGUAACAUCAGGACCUGGACCAAGCCCUGGAAGUUCAAAUUCUUGUGACGACGUGAUCCCUCCACAAAAAAACUGUUUCAGAUUAGUAGUCUUGGGAUCAGCUAGAGUAGGCAAAACUUGUUUAGUUUCAAGAUUCCUGGGUGGCAAAUUUCAAGAAAGCUAUACCCCAACCAUCGAAGAUUUCCACAGAAAAUUAUAUAGAAUUAGAGGGGAAAUUUAUCAACUUGAUAUUUUGGACACUUCCGGCAACCACCCGUUUCCUGCCAUGAGAAGGUUAUCGUUUCUAACAGGAGAUUUAUUUAUUAUCGUGUUCAGUAUGGACAGCCGUGAAACGUUUGAAGAAGCAAUAAGAUUACGAGAGCAGAUAUUAGAAACGAAAAUUAAUGCAGGGGCGGCUUCAAACAGCGGUGGUUUAACGAGGAAGAAAACUUUACCGCGAGUUCCAAUGAUCCUGGCAGGAAAUAAAAGCGAUAAGGAAAUGAAAACAGUGACUGCAGAGGAAGCUCAAUUAUACUGUGACACUCAAGAUUCAGGCUGUGCCUUUAUAGAAACAUCAGCCAAGAAAAACCUAAAAGUAGAUGAAGUUUUUUACCAAUUGUUUGUGGUGGCUAAUCUGCCUCAAGAAAUGGCACCGAACCAUCACAAAAGAAUCAGUGCCAAUUUUGGGGCCCCGUGUCCUCUGCCCCCUUCUACACCAUCCUACCAUACAAAGAAAUAUACGCUUUCGGUAAAACGGAGAUUAAGCGAUGCGUGUGGUGUCGUUACGCCCAAUGUGAGAAGACCGAGUAUUAGGACAGAUUUAAUGAUAAUGAGGACCAAAACGUGCAAUGUGGGCGAUAACAAUUCGAAUCCCAGUAAUUCACCUCUCAGUUGGAGAAGGGUUGACAGUAACUGUUCAAUGCAAUAGACAAACUUCAAGUGCAAAUUUUAAAAAUUAUAUACCGAUCACACGAAAUGCAGCAAUAAUUCAAUUUUAUUUCAGUGAACAUCAGGUGUCUCGAUUGGUGAGUUAAAUCCAAAAAAGCACUAAACGGUAACAACCCAUUAGUAAGGCCGGAUUUCAUUAAAAAUACGAGUAUGUACUUAUACAGGAUGAUUCUUCUCAGCUCCGAUAUUCUGUAGCUUAGUAGUUAUUAUUUAAGUGGGAAUUUUGAUAUUGUGUAAACUUUAUUUAUAUUCUAGAGCGCAUUUCAGGAAAAUAUUUUUGAUUAUAUUUAAAAAAUUUGAAUGGAACACCUCAUUUUUUAUUUUAGCAUCUCAUAGACUGAUAAAUUGUCUAUCUAAAAAAUAAACUUUUGACGUCUAGAAUUGAUAAGUUAAAAGAUAUUUAAUUUUAAAUCUUAAUUGUAGCAACAAUGUGAUCAGUGGUGGAACGACUAUAAUUGCCUUGGUAUGAACAAUACUCCUUUUAAUGAUAGGUAUUGUUGCUACAAUUAGCAAUUAAAAUUAAAUAUCUUUUAAUUUCUCAAUUCUAGACAUCAAAAGUUUAUUUUUUUAGUUAGACAAUUUAUGAGUCUAUGAGAUGCAAAAAUUAAAAAUAGGAUGUUUCGUUUAAAUUUUUUAUAUUAUUUAACUUUUAAGAAACUUUGACAUUCUUGUAACUUUUCGACUGCAAUACAUUGGAAAAUGUUAUAAUCGUAAAGUUUAUACUUUCUCCUCUUUACAGUGGUAACUUUUUUUCCAGCUGUCUUAACUUUUUGUGUAAAAUUUUUUUAAAAAGAGGAUGUUUUUGCCAAAAAAAAAACAACUUAA